UUGCCCCAGCAGGACUCAAACUUGUGACCCUCCUGCCUGGGCCUUCUAGAUGGCUGGAAUUAACAGGUGUGCGCCACCUCAGCCGAAGCACACUUUGUAAUCAGGCGGGCUGCUUCUUCACGGACAUAAUUGGGUGUUGACCUUGACCUUCCGAGGGCAACGCAUCGCUUAAAACCCCCUCCAACUCCUAGCUCCAGAGAAGUGAUACUGGGCGUGGCCAAUCUCGGCGCUGGCGGGGAGGGCCAUGGAGAAGUGGUACUGGAUGGCAGUGGCGGUCCUUGUGGGGCUCACGGUGCGCUGGGCCGUCUCUCUUCAUUCCUACUCAGGUGCUGGGAAACCUCCGCUCUUCGGGGACUACGAGGCUCAGCGACACUGGCAGGAGGUCACUCUGAACUUACCGGUCAGACAAUGGUAUUUGAACAGCAGUGAUAAUGAUUUGCAGUACUGGGGCCUGGACUACCCGCCUCUCACGGCUUACCACAGCCUCUUGUGUGCCUGCGUGGCAGAGCGCAUCGACCCCGCCUGGGUCGCGCUGCACACGUCCCGGGGGCACGAGAGUCCGGCGCACAAGCUCUUCAUGCGAGCGACAGUGUUCCUUGCGGACUUGGUGAUUUACAUACCUGCAGUGGUUCUGUACUGUUGUUGUAUAAAAGAAAUCUCAGCUAAGAAAAAGGCCGCGAGUGCCCUCUGCAUCCUGCUGUACCCAGGCCUCAUCCUCAUCGACCACGGACAUUUUCAAUACAACGCCGUGAGCCUCGGCUUCGCCCUGUGGGGGAUCCUUGGGGUGUCUUACGACUGGGACCUGCUCGGGUCGCUGGCCUUUUGUUUAGCUCUAAAUUACAAACAGAUGGAACUUUACCAUUCCUUGCCGUUUUUUUGCUUUUUACUUGGCAAGUGUCUUCAAAAAGGCCUCAAAGGAAAGGGGCUCGGCUUGCUGGUGAAGCUCGCGUGCACAGUGCUGGCUUCCUUCGCCCUCUGCUGGCUGCCGUUCUUCACCGAGAGGGAGCAGGCCCUGCAGGUCCUGAGACGCCUCUUCCCCACGGACCGAGGACUGUUUGAGGAUAAAGUGGCCAACGUCUGGUGCAGCGUCAGUGUCUUUGUGAAGGUGAAGGACCUGCUGCCGCGCGAUGCCCAGCUACUCGUCAGCUUCUGCGUUACCUUUGUGAGCUUGCUCCCUGUGUGUGUAAAGCUGACCCUCCACCCCUCUCCCCAGGGAUUCAGAUUCGCUCUGUUCCUUGCCUCGGUGACCGUCAUGGUCCUUCUGACGCUCGUGACGGUCGCCCUGGACCCUCCGAGGAAGUUACCGGACUUAUUCUCUGUACUGGUGUGUUUUGUAUCCUGCUUGAACUUCCUGUUCUUCUGGGUGUAUUUUAACGUUAUAAUCAUGUGGGACUCCAGAAAUGAACGAAAUCGGAAGAAAAUCAACUAGCUGUACUUCGAAACAGACGGGAACUUCCGUAUGCCCAAGUUGCCGCUUUGAGAAUCGUGGAACCCCAGGAAAGGGUGCCGAAGCGCCGCUACGCCUGCACGAAACAAACGUGCCUGGAGACCACAGGACGCUUCCCCUUUCUCUGUGUUGCUGGCCAAAGCAGAUUUGUAGCUUUAUUAACCGCUAUUCAAGUGGUCAAAUAAAGGGGAAGGUGCCACUAACCCCAGAACUUACUUAGGAAAUAUGCUCCGCGUCUUAAAGAAAUGGCAGGUAUAGUGCACUUACUGGAAGUCUGAAGCCCCUUUGUAAGGAAAUCACUAAUACUGGUGCUCACAUUUAGUUUUCUUUGCAGUUCAGCGUGAAAGUAACGUGUUUCAUUGUUUAGAAGUUUUAUCUCAGGGAAGUGCGUUUGUGAUAAUCACUCUGAGCUACUUGAAUCUGAGUAUGCCUUAUUACAUAUGCACGUUUGACUUUCAUCGCAAGGCAAACGGGUUGAGCACUGUGACUUACUUCCCGGGACCAGGCUUGCUUGAGUCCGUUUACAGGCUGUUUCCCGAGGUUUCGUGUUCUGAGUCUAGGCGAAGUCUUCAUCAUCGUGAUGGCUCAUCCUGCACCUGCUGUGGUGUGUGCAGGCCCGGCUGCUGCAGCCAGUCUGCUCCCCUCAUCAGGGCGGGUGCGGGCACGGCUCUGUCCAAUGGCAGGGCCCCACCACACCGCCUCUGGAGUAAUGUGUUCUCCUGUGUUGUAGCUGCUCACUUAAAGGUGUUUUCCAUGUCCGUGAUAAAAAUAAAACUCAUCCCCGGGC